AUGUUGUGGCUUCUAUGUACAUGGUGGUGUCGGUCCGUCUUCGAAGGCAAGAGGCGGAGGCUGGGAACUCUGGGUUGUGGCUAUCAUGUGCAUUUGGGUUCACUAGUAGCGGCAAAGUACAUAAUAGGAUCUGUCCUGGCAAGCUUUGGAGUUGCAUAUGUUUGUGACACCACUGUUUCUGACAAAAAGAUAUUUGGAGGUACCACUCCGGGUACUGUUUCUAACAAGGGAUGGUGGGAAGAAACUGACAAGAAAUUCCAAGCUUGGCCUCGCACUGCAGGACCCCCCGUUGUCAUGAACCCCAUCAGUUGCCAGAAUUUCAUUGUCAAAUCCCAGUCAGAAUAAUGAAGGGUUUAUUUUCCUUGCCAGCAAAAUUAUUUUAACAAGUUCAUGUAAGAUUGGCCUCUUACUCUUGUUUCUUGCUUGGUAAAAGGUGUAUCAAACUGUGGCUGGCAUUUUUUGUCACAAAUUUCCUUUUUGUUUGGUGGUUAUUUAGAGUUGGCCCGUCAGUCAAAAUGCAAGGUCCUGAUACAUCACGGUGUUGCUCUUGUAGAAGGGUGUUUAACAAAGUUGCCAAAAAUCCCUUAUGAACAUCAAGUUCAGGUUUUAGUUUGGGAUCAUUUAGCUUGUGCUGAAACAAGGAGAAAUUUUUCGUAGUUCAAGUUUAACUGCUGAUUACUGAUGUUGAAGAAUUGUUUCAUGGAUUUUACUUACGUUGAAGAAUUGUUUCAUGGAUUCUCAUUGCCAGGAACUGUGAACUUGGGACCAACAGUGUCUACAUGCUAUAUGUUAACUUGUGAAACAAUGAUCUGGUAUUCAAAUGGAAUACAUCAUUUAUGUCCCCUAUUACAAGUGCACUUCCAUUGAUAGCUUCUUGACACUUUGUGGAAGAAAUGAUAUUGGCUUUAUUGCUUAUUUGGAUUGUGUAGUCAGCCAUCCAAAUGCAACA